AUGAUCGGAGCAGCGACCACUCAGGUCCCUCAGCAGCUCCCUUCCCCCCCGCCGCGGCCGCCGCCGCCGCUGCAGCAGCAGCAGCAGCAGCCGCAGCCGCAGCAGCCCGCGUCUGACGCCUCGAUCCGGUUCUCCCCCUCUGUCCGCAACGCAUUUAGGGUGGCCGCCAUCGCCCAGUGGUUGUCUCUCUAUCUCAGCGCCGACAAGGGCUCCGGCUCGUCGCCAUCUGGCGAUAUUCCCAUGGAAUUCCUGAAUUCGUGCCUUUGUCUCGCCAAAGGCAUUGACUAUGCUGUUGCGAAAAAUGAGGUUCUUCCCAAAGCUCAUGAGUUACCCGCAUUACUGAAAAAGCUCUGCCUUCUUAAAGAUGAUGGUUCCUAUCUUGCAAUUCUCAUGGUUCUGAUGAUCUCUGUUAAGAGUGCAUGCAAAUUUAAGUGGUUUUCAGAGAAGGAUUGUCAAGAGCUCCUUGCCCUUUUUGAUGAAAUUGGGAGAAGCUUUCAAAGUCCAAGAGACACUAGUGUCGGAAGUGCUGCCUCUUCUUCCCUAGUUUCAAUUAUUAUGGGAAGAUUCUAUCCACAGCUGAAGAUGGGCCAAAUUCUUACUUCGCUGGAAGUAGAGCCUGGAUAUGGAGCAUUGGUCAGUGAUUUUCACAUAUCUAAGAGUGUGGUGCACUCUCCAGAAGAUAAAAUAAGGUUACUUGUAGCACAGACAGAUAACAUAGAGACAUCUGCAUGUAUCGUAACUCCUCCACAAGUAAGCUUUCUACUGAAUGGAAGCGGAGUAGGGAGAAGGACCAAUGCCUCUGUGGAUACUGGAGCUCAGAUGCCUAAUGAUGUCAGUCAAAUGCUUAAGUACGGCACAAACCUUCUCCAAGCUGUUGGCCAGUUCAAUGGUCAUUAUGUGAUAAUCAUUGCCCUUAUGAGUGUGGCAUCGCCACCUGAUUCAUCAACACUAUCAGAUUAUGUUCCACCAACCAUUGCUGCAGCAGAUUCCGACUCCGACUUAAUAGAGGUGGCAUCUCGUAUAUGUCUCAAUUGCCCCAUAAGCCGGACCCGUAUCCAGUUACCUGUUAAAGGACAGUCCUGCAAACACCAUCAGUGUUUCGAUUAUAGUAAUUUCCUCAGCAUAAAUUCAAGGAAACCAUCUUGGCGCUGCCCCCAUUGCAAUCAACCUGUCUGCUUUACCGACAUUCGUGUUGAUCAAAACAUUCUGAAGGUCCUGCAAGAAGUGGGUGAUGACAUUUCUGAGGUGAUAAUCACUGUUGAUGGUUCAUGGAAGGCAGUUAUGGAGUGCAAUGAUGAUCUGUAUGAGACUCCCAAUGAGACCCUGAGCUGGCUUAAACAAGGGUCUGAGCAGCAAAAAUCUACUGUUUCUCCAAAUACCAUUCCCAAUGUUUUGGAUCUAACAGGGGAUGAUGAUGAAAUGGAUGGAGCCUUUACUUCUGAACCUGAAGACAGGAAACCUUUGCAAUCUGAUUUUUUGAUUCAGAGCCUUCCAACAAAUCCAUCUUUGCCAUCUACAUUAAACAACAGUCGCACUGUAACCCAACUUGCUCAUUCAACAUCAAACGCUGGGCAGGAGAUGCAAAUACAUGGGGGUCUACCUCAGGCAAUCUCUCCUAUUGCCACUUCGCCAUUGGCUUGUGCCGUCUCUCCCACACCAGCUCAAGAUGCUCAAUUUCUUGGAAAUGCUAAUUUCAUGGACUCUAUGAUGCAAACUCAUUUGUCUGCUCCCAACAAUCUACAAAUACAACAGUCACCAGUUGUAAAUACAGCUGUUGGAAAUGAAUAUAGGAGUAUGCCCUCCAUACUUAGACAUGCAACUCUAGGAAUGCAGGCCCCCCCAGCCCAUGCUCAGACGCCAAGCCCAUUGCAGCGAUUACAGGGUAUGAUGUCGCCGGGUGGUCCUUCCAUGUCUCCGCAGCAUGCAAUGUCUACAAUUCAGCCUCUAGAAGGUUUUGGAAGUGGAGGAAUGCACUUGGAGAGGCAGCAGCAUAUUCCUAGACAUCCUGUGAAUCCCCUUCAAGUCUCGAACAUCUCUCCAUCAGCAUUGGUCCGGAGCUCAUCAAUGCAGGAUCGAUUCUCCACGGGGCAAUCAGUCCAAAUGCCUGUGAUGGUGCGCCCGUCUCCUGGUCAACUCCAAGGUCGUCCUAGAACGCCCUCUGGACCAUUCCAAAACUCGCACCGGCAGCAGGCUCUGAACCAGGUGAAUCCACGAUCCACUACCCAUUCUCUAAGCAUGAAUAGACCAAUUCCUCCUCGCACUCCAGCUUCAGUGGGUCAAAUUCCUGGUUCAUCGAGGUUCUGGCCUUCUGCUCAACAACCAGCCAUGCCUGCGCAAACUCCGGUGCCGUUGCAGGAUCAGCCCUCGAGAGUGGGGACCUCUCUACUUGAUAGUUUCUUGGCAUCAGCAGGUGACCAAGGAGCUAACCCUGGGGUACAUGCUCCCACAAGUGGCGGCGGUACUGGGGAGUUGUCGGCAGAGCAACACUGGCGUCCUACACGUCCAAUGCGCGGAAGCAUCUCUGGACAGUCGCAGUUGGAUAAUAAUCUCACUGUGAUCCGGCCAACCCAACAGGCUCAAGCUACUCCAGCCCCAUCCGCUGUGGGUUCAGCCUCACCUACGGUUCAGCCUCACCCUCGGGGUCCAAAUCCUAUGACUGGUGGCAGAAGUCAUCUGGGUUACCCAUCAGGUACUCAGUGACCAAGCUCGAUCAUCAUGCCACGACGACUGCCCAUUAGCAGAUGAAGGACCGAUUUUGGAUUUAAUGGUGGCUGGUAGUUUUUUGCAGCGUGUUCGCAACCAUAGGCAUAGGUCAUCCGGGUGCAUGCGCAGGUCUUUACCCGGUGUAAUGAUCGAUGUAAUAAUUUAGCCCUGUAAGAUGUGUGCGCAGUUAUAUCUAUAGUCAACGUCGUCUUUCUGGCUAUUGAUAGGGUCUAUCCUUUUUCAGACAAUUUCUUGGUUUUUUUCCUUUUCAAUUUCAUGUUUGUUGGACGGUCCAUUUGUAAAAUUAUUUCUCAAUGUAAAGAUCGAAAUCGAGAAGCUUUCGCCUCUUUUUUUC